CCAAGAAAAGCCUCUCAAGUCACAUACAAUUCAGUUUGCUACAACAAUGUCGAAACCAGGGAAAGUAUUACAACCGAUCCAACAGGAAGGCGCCGGUGCAAUAUGCCUCUUAUUUGGCUGAAGAGGAAACCAUACCAGCCCGAUUUUCGCCUGCUAACAUCUAAACCUAACAUCCUCCUCCUUCCCACGAAGUCCCCGCCCUAAGGGCGGAGUAUUUUUUAGCGCGAGGCCUGGCGGGAGUUGCAGUCUGGGCUGUUGUAGUCGUUCGAGUGUUCUCAUCUUCUCCCGUGAGCGUCUGGAAAGCCGCGGUCGGUUUUGUCCAGUGUGACCGAGGCGACGGUAAUGGCAGCGGGCAGGUCUGUGCGAGCGGCGCGGAGUUGCUUGAGCCCUUUUUGGCACCACUUGAAUUACCCUCCGUUCCACUCCAACAGAGGUUUGCUGUUCGCCUUCAGUACCGCUGCACAACAAAAGAGCACAGGGGAUGAUUGUGGUCCAGAAGAUCCUCAGAAUGAACCUAGACAGAUCUUGAGGGGGGAAAAUUUAGAGCAAAAGACUAUCAAGCUAGAAGAACAACUCCGUGUCUUAACAGAACGAUACCAAAGAGCCCUAAUGGAUUCUGAAAAUGUCAGGCGUAGAACACAAAAGUUUGUUGAGGAUGCUAAGAUUUUUGGCAUCCAAAGUUUCUGCAGAGAUCUGGUAGAAGUAGCAGAUAUCCUGAAGACAACCUUGGAGAUUGUUGUAGAGGAAGAUAGUGAUCCAGCUCUGGCCCUGAAUAAGAUCUGUGAAAGCCUGACUCUUAUAGAAGUCAAACUACAAAGCAUCUUUACUAAGCAUGGCCUGCAAAAAAUGAACCCCAUUGGUGGCAGAUAUGACCCCUAUGACCAUGAAAUAGUGUGUCAUGUGCCAGCAGAAGAUACGCAAACGGGCACUGUGGCUUUAGUGACACUGGAUGGUUAUAAACUUCAUGGCCGCACUAUCAGACAUGCACAUGUAGGUGUGGCAGUAGAAUCUCAAGAAUCUGAUGAACCUGUAUCUUAGUAAUUGGGAUCUUAUGAACCUAUUUCUUUUGUCCACAUCAUUACUGCUGCUUUAUUUAUUAAGCCACACUGAUAUGAUUUGCUGGUCUCUUGGGAUUGGCAUGAUAAUUUGGCCUUCCCUUUCAAGAUGUAGUUAUUGAAUGCUAGUUUUUCCUGUUGUGUAAAGAUAUGUUUUUUUGAUUGUGUCACAAAUGUAAGGAGUGAUGUUCUCUUUUCUGUUGUUGAUUUUAAGCCUGCAUUAAAAGGAAUGUAGGAUUCAUUCCAACAAUGCACAGACCUAUUGAAAAGUCAGUCAGUAAAAUCCCAUUGAUUUCAAUAGGUCUAUUCAAGGGUGACUAAAACUGGAACCUGUUCUCUGAAAAAAGCCUUUUCUCCAAGAUUUAUUUUUAAUCUGCUUGUUAAUCUCGCUAUAGUUCCCAUUUUGCUUUUUUAUAGUCUGUGGUAUACAUUUCAUCUGAGCUUUAUUUACAGUAACCCAGAGUCAUUCUUAUUUCAGUCUGGUUUCUUUUUUCAAUUUAUGUUUUUAUUCAUGUGUUAUUUGAGACAUUCUCCUUAAGCAAUACAAGACUAAUGGAUUUUUCAUCUUUAAAUAUAUGGACAAUGAUAGCUCUGUGGUUCUUUGAUAAUUGGCCAAGAAUAUGUUUUGGAGAAGAUUCUAGGCACCACUUAACCACUUAAGUCCAAGACUGCCUUCCUUCUGAAGCUGUUUUUAACUGUACUUGGGCAUUUGUGUUUUGAUGUGACCUGAGAAUGCAUGUGCCAUGUCUAUGUGGUUUGAAGCUUCAACACUUUUCUUUUUGAAUGUUUCUUAGAUUUGGUUUUGCAUCUCAAAAUUUCCCUGAGUGCCUUGGCCAGUAAAAGUAUAUUCUCGGUCCUAAAUUAUUUGUGAAAAUGGAUUCGUAAAUAUAAUCUUUGUUUUCUUGAACUUUUCAAGAAGCUGCUUUUAAGCAGGGAUAUGAUACCUGUCUAUCUUACAAGAGUGGUUUGGCUAAUUAAAAAUUGUAGUGUGUUUUGAAGGUGAACAUCUCUUUGGGGUACUGAGUAAUACAGGAGUUUAUUAUGCCCAGCAAAAUAAUUUAUUAAUUUGUUUUGCUCUAAAUUAAUUUUAAAUUUGAUCUUCCACAUUAUGAUCUAGCUAGUCCAAAAACUCACAAAUUCUCCAUCAAGAUUUUCCACAUUUCCUAAAUUGGCUUAAUUCAAUAAAAGGUCCUCUAAAUGUAGCAUUUUAAAAAGGGGAAAUCAAUAUUUAGUGUAAAACACAUGUCUUACAUGGAGCAGAUCAGUUCAUAAUAUUUCAGGUUGUAAAAUCUCUUGCAACUAUAUUGUGAAGGAGCUUCCUUUGGGAUUAUGUACUGUACUGUCUAACUCGCAAUGACUGGAUAAGAUGAACCAGUGAACAGCAGUGUAAGAAUUGUGGACUGUUAAUAAUUCUGCAAAUAAUCUGCUGCCAUUUUCCAGCACAGCUUGACAUAUUAUCACCAAUGAUGAAAAGGGAUAGUAUUGGCCUUUUUCAAUUUUGGGAUAAUGACUACGCAGGUGUUACUGAGAAAAAUAUUAAUUUAGAAAUGAUUAGAUGUCAUCUGUUUUAUGUUUAAUUUAGUUUUUUUUUAAAAAAAUAAAAAUAAAAGUUACAGACUCA